AUGAGUAAAAGAGAGAAUGAUAUGAGUUAUCCAAUGCCCCAAAAGAGUAUAGGCCUUCUCGAAGAAGCCGCAAGGAUGGCUAGACUUAAUCACCCAAAUAUAGUCAAGCUUAUUGCUGUCAGCAAAUUGUGUCAUUUACCGUCUUUCGUCCAAUGUUGGCUAUGGAAUGGUUGGCUGGGGGAAGUCUGUCAGAAUUUUUUAGAGAGGAAAUUAGGAAAAGAGGAAAGGGAGCAGGUGAGAGUUUAUGUCAGAGAUAUAGUUCACAUUUUACUUCAAAUUGUACACGCCCUCAAAUAUUUGCACGAAAAUCGAGAUAUUCAGGGAAAUGAUUUCACACAUGGGGAUGUUGCUGCUAGAAAUAUUUUGCUUAAUGAACGGAAUCUGGCUACCUGUAUAGCAAAAUUAGGCGAUUUUGGAUUGCCGAUAGAUUUUGGUCCUCGGCUACCUAUCCCCUGGUUGCCCCCAGAAAUUGUUUGUUCAUUAGAUCAACAAAAUACAAAACAUCGACCGGAGAGUGAUGUUUGGAUGUUUGGAGUGCUUUGUUGGGAAUGCGCUACACUUGGCGCUGAACCACAUUAUCAAAGAACAUUUGAAGAAAUUUGUUUUGCUUUUGAACAGCCAGAUCAUGGUCUACCCUUACCUAGAAGUUGUCCUCAAGAAUAG